AUGGCCAAGAAGGCCACAGAGCCCAGCAAAGUGGACAUCACAGGGUUGUGCCAGGACAUGUUAUCCAAAAUGGCCUUGUACCUGACAGUUAUCACAGUAAAUAUAAGCAGAAACCUAAAGGACUUUAAUCAGAAAUAUACAGCACUUCAGCCUUAUCUAGAUCACAUCACUUUAAUUGACAACCAAGUAGCAGCUCUUAAGCAGGCAGCUUACAAUAUGGAUGCAUAUUUGAAGAAACCAGAAGCAAAGUACAAGAAGUUAGAGAGGCUGUGA